AACCGAUCGUUGACUCGUACGUCAUUGUGAAUCCACAAUGAAAUGAUUAAAUGAUUCAUAGCAACUGGAUCAACAGAUUGCUUCACUCACAGGUCAACCGUGUACAUGACAUCACUAAAGGCUUAAACUAAACACUGCCUAAUAAUAGGAAUAAGUGAAAAAAGUGCUAAGUAGUUUAUAAUGACUCGAUAAACUAAACUAUUAAAUACAAGUGCUCUGUGAAGUGGCAAAUUCCUCAAGGUUUUCUAAAAUGGUCGUUAAAUGAUCUUAGUAUAGCCUUUGGGACACGUGACUUCAGUAGCAGUAUAUUAUUCAAGUAGCCAUAAUAAAAACACAUACUGUCCUCUAUCCAAUACACUAAGCGAUGUCAAAACAAUGAAACGAACUAGUGUCACGCUACCCGCCGCAAAAAUAACACUUAUAGACGAAACAGUUAAUAUGAAAAAGAAUAAAGAAGAAGAAAUAAAAUCUAAAUAUAAAACAGAAGGAAAACAUGAAAAAGAAGAAACAAAGUGUAAAGAAGAAAAUAAAGAUAAACAAACAGAAGAAGGGAAAAUGGAAUCUUCUGUAAAGGGUGUAAAUAAUUUAAAAGAAACAGUGGUAGAUUUAGAAAGUGUGUUGCGUGAAUUUAAAAUAUUUGGACGGUAUCAUUUAAAACUAAUAUUUCUGUUAGGAAUGCUUGCUUUUGGUAGUAUGUGGCAUAGUACGAAUUAUAUAUUUGCUGUUGAAAAUUAUGGAUACAGGUGUAAACAUCCAAACUGCGAGUAUGCAGAUCUAGUUAAAUUAGAGCUAAAUUCUAGUUUUGAUUUCAAAUGUCACAAAUAUAAGGUAUACAAUGACGAUGGGGCGUGUGUUGCCGAUAAUUUCAAUAUACAAAAUCCUGUUGAAUGUAAGGAAUGGGUUUAUGAAAGGCCAGACAGCUUUGUGGCGGAGUUCAAUCUUGGAUGUGAGAGCUGGAAGAGGACCCUCGUUGGUACGAUGCACAGCGUCGGAUACAUGAUAGGACUGUUCCUAGUUGGACCUUUGUCAGACAAACAUGGUAGAAAGAACGUAGUAAUAUUCACAGCAGUAGCGUGCGCUGCGAUUGGUCUGGCAAAAAGUGUGGUGUACUCCUAUUGGAUGUAUGUAGCUCUUGAACUCUUGGAACCACUACUCGGAGACUGUUACUCUGCUACGUUCACUUUAGCCAUAGAAUCAGUAACAAAAGAACAUCGUCCUAUAAUAAUAUUCUUACUCAGUCUGUUCACGACAUGUGGAGCAGUAGCGCUCGGGAUCAUCGCCUGGCUAGCACCAAACUGGAGGAUCUUCCUUAUAUCCAUAUACGCACCAGCAUUUCUAUACAUCCUGUACAUAUUCUGCUUCGACGAAAGCAUAAGAUGGCUUCUAAACAAAGGCCAGAAGAAAAAAGCCAACGACAUAAUAAGAAAAGCAGCUAAAAUGAACAACAUAACGAUAGACGAAAAUAAACUAUCAAAGCUAAAAUGCGAAGAGAAUUCAGCCAACGUAAGCCUGACAACGUUAAUCAAAAUAACGGUUUCAUCAAAAAAACUGUUGUUGAGGUUAUUAUGUUGUAUUUGCAUGUGGUUUACAGCGUUAUUCAACGCUUAUUCGUUGUUGAUAAACUCUGUGUCGUUGAAGGGCAACAAGUAUUUGAAUUUUGAACUCGUGGCCCUAACUGGCUUUCCAGCCAGUUUCAUCAUACUGUUUUUGUUAAUGAAAUGUUCAAGGAAGAGGCCGUUAGUGUUUUCUUUUUUACUCACUGGAACGUUUUGUACGGCGCAUUCUAUUCUUCCUACAGGCUACGGCUGGCUCUCCAUAUUGUUGUACGUUUCGGGCAAGCUUUGUUCCUCAGUAUCGAUACGUAUAGUAUACAUAUACACUUCGGAAUUAUUUCCUACAUACACUCGGAACACAAUGCAUGCGCUCUGCUCUGCGCUGGGAAGAAUCGCUGCCAUCGUCGCACCUCAGACGCCUUUAUUACUUGACUAUUGGGAAGGUCUCCCAUCUCUAAUAAUUGGCGUCCUCUCCGUCCUGACAGCGUGUCUGAUCACUCUGCUGCCAGACACAUCAGAUGAUGUCUUACCUGACAACGUCUGCCAGGCAGAAGCCGCUGGAAAGAAGGAGAAAGAUAUAUGCAAGUUGGGAAAGAAAGAGAAAGAAAUUGAUGUAUGUUCUAAAUUGUAGAUAAUAAAUAUUUUAGGUAUAAAGUUA